AUUAUAUUCUUUUAGAGAGCUGAUUAUGGGCUGCUUGUCUUGAAGCCAAUCCACUUGAUCACAUGAAGUCUAAUCUUUAACUCACUAUCUUUUUCUUUUUUGCAUCUUAGCUAAGAUUUAAUACCCCAUGUGGGAUGUUUCUAAUAGUUGUUCUUAGAUUUUGUCUUCUUUGAUUUUCUGCUUUGGUUAAAAAAUUCAGUAGUACAUCUUUUAUUAAUCCCUUAUUGGUCCUCUUCUGACAUGUUUCUACUUGACCUUUUUUUUGAUAUGAGUGAGAUUCUUGAUUUCUUGAGUAUUAUUGCUAGUUGUCUUUAGUUGGGUUUUAGCAAAAUAUGAUUUUUAGCCAAGUAUGAUGGUUUUCUUGGGAAUAUAAUGAAAAAUUGUACUGAAUUUUGAGCAAGAUGGGAUUUUUAUGAUAUUUCAAUAUGUGGGUUGAAGAGCUAGAGUUUCUUGAGUAUUAUUUCUAGUUGGCUUUAGUUGGGUUUUGGCAAAAUAUGAUUUUUCACUAAGCAUAAUGGUUUUCUUGGGAAUAAAUAUGAUGAGAAAUUGGACUAAAUGUUGAGCAAGAUUGGAUUUUUAUGAUAUUCCAAGAUUUGGGUUGAAGAGCUCAAGUGAAUAUAAAUAUAUUUAGUUGAGGAUUAUUUGGUUUUUGUCCAAUUUUGUAGGAUCUGUGGAAUUUGAGUAGGUGGGAAUGGAAAGCAAUUCUAAGACAAUUGUGUGGUUUAGGAGGGAUUUGAGAAUUGAGGAUAAUCCAGCUUUAGCAGCAGCUGCUAGGAAUGGGAGUGUAUUUCCAGUGUUUAUAUGGUGUCCUAAAGAAGAAGGGCAAUUUUAUCCAGGUAGAGUUUCAAGAUGGUGGCUGAAACAAUCUCUUAUUCACUUGGAACAGUCUUUGAAAUCUCUUGGUGCUGAACUUGUGAUGAUCAAAGCUCAGAGUACACUUUCUGCUCUCUUGGACUGCAUCGAAGCUGUUGGGGCGACAAAAGUUGUGUAUAAUCAUCUAUAUGAUCCUGUUUCACUUGUUCGUGACCACAAUAUCAAGCAAAAGCUGGGGGAACUUGGCAUAUCUGUUCAGAGCUACAACGGGGACUUACUGAAUGAACCAUGGGAAGUCUACGACGAUGAUGGAAAAGUUCUUACAGCUUUUGAUGCAUACUGGGAGAAGUCUUUGCGUCUCCAAAAAGAACCCGUUUCACACCUUCCACCUUGGAAAUUAAUUCCAGCUGCAGGAUCAGUUAAAAUGUGUUCGGUUGAGGAAUUGGGACUGGAAAAUGAGUUAGAAAAAUCUAGUAACGCAUUAUUGGGGAAAGGAUGGGCACCAGGUUGGAGCAAUGCAGACAAGGCCUUAACAGAGUUUAUAGAGAACCAACUACUUGCUUACUCAAAGGAUAGGCUGAGAGUCGGGGGAAACUCGACAUCCCUUCUGUCUCCUUAUCUUCACUUUGGAGAAGUUAGUGUGAGGAAGGUUUUCAACAGUGUGCGUUUGAAGCAGAUACUAUGGACCAAAGAGGGGAAUUCUGUUGGAGACGAGAGUGCUCGUCUUUACCUUAGAGCUAUUGGGCUUCGAGAGUAUUCCCGCUAUAUCUGUUUUAAUUUCCCAUUUACUCAUGAAAGGUCAUUAUUGAACAACCUGAAGUUUUUCCCUUGGAAUGCUGAUCAGGCCCAUUUUAAGGCAUGGCGACAGGGUCGGACAGGUUACCCAUUAGUAGAUGCAGGAAUGAGAGAACUUUGGGCAACUGGCUGGAUUCAUAAUAAAAUACGAGUUAUUGUUGCUAGUUUCUUUGUGAAGUUCUUACUUCUGCCAUGGCAAUGGGGGAUGAAGUACUUUUGGGAUACACUCUUGGACGCGGAUUUAGAAAGCGAUAUUAUUGGUUGGCAAUAUAUCUCCGGUAGCUUGCCCGAUGGUCAUGAACUUGAGCGCCUAGAUAACCCCGAGGUUCAAGGAUUCAACUACGAUCCGGAGGGUGAAUAUGUGAGGCAUUGGUUGCCUGAGCUAGCAAGAAUGCCAGCUGAAUGGAUCCAUCAUCCUUGGGAUGCACCUCUUACUGUGCUCAAGGCUGCGGGGGUGGAACUCGGAAUGAAUUAUCCGAACCCUAUCAUUGAUGUAGAUGUUGCGAGGGAUCAUCUAAUGCAAGCUAUAUUUAUCAUGCGAGAAAAAGAAGCAGCUGCAAAUGCCGCAGAUGCAAAUGGAACCAAUGAAGUUGUUUUUGAUAACUCUGAAAAUGUUGGAGAUUCGGCCAAUCCAAAGGUUGUAAAGGGAAAGGUGCCUUGCCCGAGCAGUUCAUCUUAUGAUCAGAGGGUGCCAUCAAUGCAAAAGGGAUGCACAAAUAAGAAGAGAUCAAAGCCAGCCGAAGAAGAAAAGAAAAUCAAAGAUAAUUGGCUUAGCUGCAAGAUCAAGAAUGAAGGGAAGAUCUCAAACGCGGAUGAUGACUUGUGCUCGACUGCAGAAUCCUGUUCUAUGAAAAAGCAGAUGACCACCAGCAGAAAUUCAUUUUCAGUACCUCAAGCAAUUUCCAAGUCUUACGACAUAAAAUCCUUUGAUGGUGAAGCAUCAUCACAUGUGAAGCUGCAAAAUGAAGAAGCGAUUGACAUGGAAAUCAAUUCAUGCAAAAAUGGAGCUAUUGCAGAAUGAUUCCCUCACCAUCUCAAACGGCUGUCUCUUUCGAAAUUGUUCAAUAGGAGAUACAAAUAUAGUCAAAUCAGCAUAUGCAGUGGAACGGCGAUUCUGUUAAACAUGUCUUCUUGUAAAUAACUACCUGGUAAUCGUUAGCGGGGUUGUAGUUUGUUUGACAUAGUAAUGAUAGAACUCAACUGAAGCAGCUCAGAUUCAUGGUUGAAUCUCUACUUUGUUUAGUUACAUAUAUAGACCAUGCAUUUGUAAUCUUGAAAAUGAAUUUCUCUUGUAUUUCAUAGUAAUAAAAGAUGAAAGAGGUCAUCCAGUUUUGAGAAACUAUAA